CAGUUAUCAAUGUGAUUAUGGCCAUGAGUUCAACACGGCUGUUCCAAACACAAGAGGCAGUCUGGCCUGUCUUCCUACGGGUAACUGGGAACCAGACCUUCCAGUGUGUGGACCGGUCAGAUGUCCCGACCCCCCUCCCAUAUACGAUGCUGUUGCGAAUGGCACAGAGCGGACAUUCAUGUCGCAGGUGACCUACACCUGCCUCCCGGGCUUCCUGCCCUCAGGAAAGAACGUCAUUGAAUGUGAACAAACUAGAGACUGGUCUCCCACCACAUUCUCUUGCACACCCGUGGACUGCGGGGUACCUGCAAAGAUAGACCAUGGAACUUUAGCAGUGGGCAGUUUCAUAUACAACUCGUUGGCAAGCUACCAGUGUCAGCAGGGCUACACGCUGGAUGGUGAUGAGGAUCGUAGGUGCCAGGAGGAUGGAACUUGGAGUGGAGGUAACCCUGUCUGCAAUCCGGUUUCCUGCGGGGCACUGGCUCCGAUAACAAAUGGGAAGGUCAUCUACAAUGAAGUGACCUUCUCAAGUACAGCGGAAUACACAUGUGAUGCCGGAUUUGAACUGAGGGGCUCCCCUGAGAUCAACUGUGAGGCGUCUGGGCUCUGGGCCCCUGAACCCCCCACUUGUCAGCCACGGGCUUGUCCGAUGCCACAAGAUGUGGACUUUGGGUCCUACACAAUGUUAGUCCAAUGGAUUCAGAUAACAUCUCUAUUUUUUUACUCUGACAUCAGAGUUUACAUUUCCUUUUAUAUCUAAUUUGUAUUUAAAUUUGAUUACAUGUAAGAUCAUACAUUAAUAUUGAAAGAUACUGCUGUCACUGCAGACUGGGCAAGAUGGCUAACCCUUCUUUUUGCAAGGUAGAUGAUAUCCAACCCUGUGGCACUACAGCCCAUGUAGGGCUUUGGUCUGCCUCACUACUUCCUUUCACUCAGACCUAACUGAUGUUUUUCUUUUCUAUGCUUGGAUUCCGAGCCGCUCUAGAUCUUUUUCCACAUCAUCCAUCCACCUAAGCCUACGUCUGCCUUUGAGCCGUUUUCCUCUGGGGUUUUGGUCGUGCGUCCUCUUCACUCCUCUGUCAUCUAACAUUCUUUCUAUGUGUCCCACCCAGCAUAGCCUGCCCUUUUGUUUUAUUUCUGCUACAAGUUUGAGAUCCUGAUGUAUUCUGUACAAUUCUUGGUUGGUUCUUAUGCCCCAUCAAUAUUUAUCCCUUGUUGGACCAUAAAAUUCCGGAGACUUUUUUGUGUGUUUUUUUAGGUUUCCUGCCAUUUUUGUUAGGGUCCAAGUUUGACUUUGAUUUGUGCAACUGGUGUGAAUUGUGAAUGCAGUUUGAUAAAAAGAGUUCCCUUUGUAUCUCUUGUAAUGUGUUUACUUUUGAGUAUUUUGAGUAUUUUGUGACUACUGAAGUGUGACCUGUUUCAGACCGAUAUUCUUGUUUUAAAUUUUCUGUUUGUAAUUCAUUUCUUUCUUUUAUUAAGGAUCCUAAAUAUUUGAAUAGAUUUACUUUUUCAAAAGUCUGGCUUCUUAUUUGAAUGGUUUCAUCUGUCUGUUCAUCUCUUAACAUAGUCAUGUGUUUUGGGGGUCUUUUUUGGUUAUGAACAUCCAGCUCUGCUCAUAGUGAUACAUCUUCUAUGUAGACCGGGCAAGUUGUCUAACUUUUCUUUUUGCACAGAAGAUGUUAAGCAUUUUGUAUGACCCCAUGAACCAUAAAUAAUAUGAUUAAGUUUAAUGAAUAUAGUCUAAAUUUUCCCAUUUGAUGACCACCUUUGAAUCCUGUCCUUGAAGCAUCCAAAAGGCUAGUUUACCACAGGCCAAGGACACUGUCCAUAGAGCUAGUGUACCACAGGCCAAGGACACUGUCCAUAGAGCUUGUAGUUGUAAACUAUGCUAUUUAAAAUACUGAUAUUUCUGAUAAAAUAUGCAACUCGUGCGAAGCACUUUUUUUUACAAUAAACAAUAAAAUAUUUCUUUUUAUCCUCACCUGUGUAUCAGAUUGGGAUCCCCUGUCUAUAGAUCUCAGGUAAACUACACCUGCGGUAUUGGCUACAUUCUUACUGGGGCGUCCAUGAUGACCUGCCAGGAAGAUGGCACGUGGUCAGCCGCUGCUCCAGUCUGUGAACGGAUUGAAUGCCCAGAUCUCAACAGUCCUCAAAAUGGUGAGUAGUAGCCUCGUGGACCCUGUACCAAGUUCCAAGUUAUACACUGGAGCCUGUAGAGCUGAGUCAAGUAGAGCAUGGAGGUCAAAAUUAACCUGUUGUUUUAAAAGUUUAAAAUAAAAUAUUGACAGCUAGUUAGUCAAGCUUUAAUCAAGUAUUUGAUUGGUAACCUCUGAUAUAGAUUCUAAUUUGCAAACAAAAAAAGUAGUAACCUUGAUUUGAACUACAGUUUGUUUAGUGAAGGUGAGUUGCUCACAUUCGUCAGACUCACUUUCUUGUCCCUUCUGAUUUGAACCAGAGGCGAGAGUUAGUCCAGACGACUGGAAAUAGACCAGGAUGCAUUAGAAGACCAUCAGUGUGUCUUGUGUGUUUCACUGUUCUAUUUAUGUGCCCCUCACCAAAUUAACGAGUCCCACCCCACACCAAGGUUAAUGAGUCCCACCCCUCAAGAAGGUUAAUGAGUCCCACCCCUCACCAAGGUUAAAAGUCCCACCCCUCACCAAGGUUAAAAGUCCCACCCCUCACCAAGGUUAAAAGUCCCACCCCUCACCAAGGUUAAAAGUCCCACCCCUCACCAGGGUUAAUGAGUCCCACCCCUCACCAAGGUUAACUAGUCCCACCCUUCACCAAGCUUAACAAGUCCCACCCCUCACCAAGGUUAACAAGUCCCACCCUUCACCAAGGUUAACAAGUCCACCCCUCACCAAGGUUAACGAGUCCCACCCCUCACACACCAAGGUUAACAAGUCCCACCCCUCACUAAGGUUAAUGAGUCCCACCCCUCACCAAGGUUAACAAGUCCCACCCCUCACCAAGGUUAACAAGUCCCACCCCUCACCAAGGUUAACAAGUCCCACCCCUCACCGAGGUUAAUGAGUCCCACCCCUCACCAAGGUUAACAAGUCCCACCCCUGACCAAGGUUAACGAGACCCUACCACCUGUGUGCUGGUGUUGUUUUAUGCUUAUCUAGCCUGGGGAUUGAACUCGAGUCCACUUGACUCAGUUUAGUCCACUUGACUCAGUUUAGUCCACUUGACUCAGUUUAGUCCACUUGACUCAGUUGAGUCCACUUGACUCAGUUUAGUCCACUUCACUCAGUUUAGUCCACUUGACUCAGUUUAGUCCACUUGACUCAGUUUAGUCCACUUGACUCAGUUUAGUCCACUUGACUCAGUUUAGUCUACUUGACUCAGUUUAGUCCACUCUGCCACCCAGCACCCCAAGAUGUUUUACUCUACUUAUUUAUACUCUUGGAAUCUGUCCCUGUACUUAAUUUCUCAUCCCUAAUUUAGGAUCUGUUACUGUACCUUUCUCACCCCUAAUUUAGGAUAUGUCUCUGUGCUUGUCUUAUCAUCCUUAAUCUCUUAUCUGUUACUGUACUCUUCUCAUCCGUCAUCUAGGAUCUGGUACUGUACUCUUCUCCUCCCUAAUCUAGUAUCUGUUACUGUACCCUUCUCACCCCUAAUCUCUUAUCUGGUACUGUACCCUUCUCAUCCCUAAUCUAGGAUCUGGUACUGUAACCUUCUCUUUCCUAAUCUGGUUUCUUGUACAGUAACCUUCUUAUCCCUAAUAUAGGAUCUGUUACUGUACUUUUCUCAUCCCUAAUCUAGGAUCUGGUACUGUACUCUUCUCCAUAAUCUAAGAUAUGUUACUGUACUCUUUUCAUGGCUAAUCUAGGAUCUGUUACUUUUCUUGUUUUCUCAUCCCAAAUCUAGAAUCUGUUAACGUACUUGUUUUCUCAUCUCUAAUCUAGGAUCUGUUACUGUGUUCGGCAAGACUUACACUAGUGUAGCUGGCUACUCCUGCAGUAGAGACUACAAAAUAUCUGGAGUUGACACUAGAAUCUGUCAGAUUAAUGGAACAUGGAGCAAUGAGGCUCCCACAUGCCUGUCAACAAAGUGCUCCAGCCCCAAUACAGUUUCUAAUGGCAGACUAGAUUUUAAAGAUUUGUCCAUAGGAUCCAUUGUCAGGUAGAUAACUAGGAGAUAUACAUAGUUUAGUGUUGAUAGUAUUGUGAGACAAACAAGCUCAAUGUAGUAUUGUGAGACACACAAGCUCAAUGUAGUAUUGUGAAGCACACCAGCUCAAUGACACACUUUGAAAUCAAAUUCCUCCUGGGAAGUCUCAAGACAAAAAAAUAUGUGCACUAUAAUAAAAAAAAAGUUUCAUUUUUUUAAAAAUCAAUAAAAGGAUUUUAUAUUCUUAUGUUAUCUUAUUUUGAUUAACUCUAAAUGGUAUUUACUCUAAAUGGUAUUUACUCUAAAUGGUAUUUACUCUAAAUGGUAUUUGCUCUAAAUGGUAUUUACUCUAAAUGGUAUUUACUCUAAAUGGUAUUUACUCUAAAUGGUAUUUAUUCUAAAUGGUAUUUGCUCUAAAUGGUAUUUACUAUAAAUUAUGGUAUGUACUCUAAAUGGUAUUUGCUCUAAAUGGUAUUUACUCUAAAUGGUAUUUACUCUAAAUGGUAUUUGCUCUAAAUGGUAUUUGCUCUAAAUGGUAUUUACUCUAAAUUAUGGUAUGUACUCUAAAUGGUAUUUGCUCUAAAUGGUAUUUGCUCUAAAUGGUAUUUACUCUAAAUGGUAUUUGCUCUAAAUGGUAUUUGCUCUAAAUGGUAUUUACUCUAAAUGGUAUUUACUCUAAAUGGUAUUUGCUCUAAAUGGUAUUUGCUCUAAAUGGUAUUUGCUCUAAAUGGUAUUUACUCUAAAUGGUAUUUUCUCUAAAUGGUAUUUGCUCUAAAUGGUAUUUGCUCUAAAUUAUGGUAUUUGCUCUAAAUGGUAUUUACUCUAAAUGGCAUUUACUCUAAAUGGUAUUUAAUCUAAAUGGUAUUUGCUCUAAAUGGUAUUUGCUCUAAAUGGUAUUUGCUCUAAAUUAUGGUAUUUACUCUAAAUGGUAUUUGCUCUAAAUGGUAUUUGCUCUCAAUGGUAUUUGCUGUAAAUGGUAUUUACUCUAAAUGGUAUUUGCUCUAAAUUAUGGUAUUUACUCUAAAUGGUAUUCACUCUAAAUGGUAUUUACUCUAAAGGGCAUUUACUCUAAAUGGUAUUUACUCUAAAUGGUAUUUACUCUAAAGGUAUUUAUUCUUUGUUUAUACUCAAGUUUCCAUUAAUUAAAAACCUUGUAUCUUUCAUUUUCUCUUUUAUCCAUUUUACAGGUACAGCUGUGAUAGAGGAUACAUUUUGGAAGGGGAUGCCUCCAGGAGAUGCCAGGAUGAUCUCACGUUGACCGGCCAGGAGCCCAUUUGUCAGCCGGUUGAUUGUGGAGAACUGGGCAGUCUUGACAAUGGGGCCAUCUCCUUGCCUGAUCAGAAGACUAUAUAUAAUACUGUUGCCAUGUUAUCUUGUAAUCAGGGAUACACACUCAAAGGGGACAAGUCCAUAAAAUGUGAGGCUGGUGGCAAAUGGUCCUCUAAAGUGUUCUCAUGUGCCCCAGUUGAAUGCACAAAAGUUUCAUCGGUCAUUUCAAAUGGUAAAACAAAUGGAACAAAUUCUACUUACGGAGCUGUAAUAGCUUACGAGUGCGAUGUGGGAUUUAAAUUACAAGGUGCCGCCAUUAGAAGAUGUCUCUCCAGUGGCAACUGGGAUGCCCCCAUACCAAUUUGUGAAACUGUUGAAUGUCCGGCACCAAAACUGAGCCACGGAACUAUAUCCUCCUUCCAGCGUACGUACGGUACCGUCGUUGAUUUCAGCUGCAGGGGAAGCUAUCGUCUCGAAGGCGCCAGCCGAAGGACUUGCACGGCUACGGGCGAGUGGAGCGGAGAUGAACCCAAGUGUCUGAAAAUCAACUGCAAGGCUCCAGACCGUGUGUCGCACAGCGAGUCGGAGGUUUUAAAUGAAACGGCCAUCAAGUACGAAUGUCACAGAGGAUACACUCUGCUUGGUGCCGCUGUCAGGACCUGUGGUUCCGAUGAGAUCUGGCGACCCGCAGCGCCAAUUUGUCAGAUUGUUUCGUGCCCUGAUUUGUCUCAGGAUGUCCUGGAAGAUGGGAACAUCACCUACUCCGCCAACACCUUUGAAGAGUUUGUAUCAUACACCUGCAAGACCGGGUACAGGCUUAGGGGAGAUGAGAAAAGACGAUGCCAGGCAAGUGGUCUCUGGGAGAGUCAGAAACCGUCUUGUGAAAUUGUGUCUUGCGGUCACCCUGGCCUAGUGAGCAAUGGUCACAUUGAAGGGGAUGAUUACAGCUUCAACUCAACUGUUUCAUUUCUCUGCAACAAAGGGUUCAAACUUGUAGGGGCAAAUGUCUUGAUAUGCUUGGCCAGUGGACGUUGGGGCUCAGAUCUGCCAUACUGUGAUAGAAUCACUUGUCCAGAACUCGACUUCCCCAUUGGCACGGUCACAAUUUUGUCCAGCUUCUAUGACGGCAUCGCAGAGUAUAGUUGCAAUAAAGGAUACCAAGUUGUUGGAAAUAAAGAAAGGAAGUGUUUAGAAACCGGAGAAUGGUCAGGAAAUGUGCCUAAUUGCACUGUUGUGUUUUGCCCAAUGCCGGCCCCAAUCGAGCAUGCAAUUUUAGAGUCAAACACCACCGGAUUAGGGGCUGAGUUAUUUUAUACAUGUGAGGAAGGCUACAACCUUUUUGGAGAUUUCACCCGAGUUUGCCAACAAAAUGGGAAUUGGUCUAAUGAGCCACCAGUUUGCUCCCCGGUCAACUGUCCAGAGCCAUCAUGGCCUGAAAAUGGUAUAUAUCUAGGGGAAUCCGGAACUUACCAGUCUUUAAUAACAUAUGAGUGCUUAGAGGGUUACGAGCUGUUUGGUUCUGUGGGGCGUGUGUGCCAAGCAAACACAACAUGGUCAGGCACAGACCCUGAGUGUCGGAAAAUCUCAUGUGGAUCUCCACCUACCAUCGAAAAUGCUUUCAUUCUGCAGCAGGAUGAUGACCUCUAUGAGUCUCAGGUGGUCUAUGAUUGUGUAGAGGGAUAUUCAGCUUCUGGUCAAGAUCUAACAAGUUGCUUAUCAAACAGAACAUGGUCAUACCUUGACUUGACCUGCACUAUUCUAUCCUGUCCAACUAUUGACAUCCCGAACGCAGUAUUCAAUGGUUCUUCACUCACCUAUGAAACCAAUGUCUCCAUCUCAUGCAGGGAAGGUUACAAUCUUGCUGGAGUCUCACAUAUCAUCUGCACAGCUGAUGGAUCAUGGAGCCAUGCGUACCCAAGUUGUCUCCUAGUUCAGUGCCCUCAGCUUGGCGAGCUCAGAUUCGGAACUGUCGCAUCCACAUCUAACGACUAUGGCAGUUCGGCUACUUUCAGCUGCAACACUGGCUACAACCUGGUCGGCGUCCAGCAGGUUGAGUGCCUGAGUGCCGGGGCCUGGAGUGCAGCCAUGCCAAGCUGUCAGAUUGUCACAUGCCAAGCUCCACAGUCUCCAGUCCCGAACGGUCGGCUGGUCAGUCCCAAAGUGGAGUAUUACUACCAGGACCAGAUUUCCUACAUUUGUGAUUAUGGAUAUGAAUUAAGUGGACAGAAUUUAAUGACCUGCCUGGCCAUUGGCCAGUUCGAUUCAACUCCCCCGGCAUGUGUCAGGAUCCCUUGCCCCACCCCUGAAAGUAUUGAGUUUGGUCAGUUCACCUUUGAAGACAGCUUAACAGUUGGCUAUGAAUGUCAGAUUGGAUAUGAAAUUGCGGGCAACUCCAGGCUCACCUGUUUACUCGGUGGGGCAUGGAGUGGGCUUGCACCAGCUUGUGUUCCAGUUAUUUGCCCUACCCCAUCGCAGAUUGAGAAUGGCUUCAUAGAAGGUGAUAACUUUACCUUUGGAGAUUCCAUUGUGUACAAGUGUUACCUAGGAUACCAACUAGAAGGGGACUCCACAAGAGUUUGCCAGGCAAAUAGAAGCUGGAGCCAUUCUGAACCACAAUGUAAUCCCAUCAGCUGUGGACCACCGACAGAACCAUUUGAGAAUGGUGUUAUAAGCGGGGAAUACAUUUUCGGAAGUGGUGUUGAGUAUUUUUGCUCACCGGGGUUUGAGUUGGCUGGUGAGAGUUUCCGACAGUGCCAGGCCGAUGGCUCAUGGGAAAAUUCCAAACAUGAGUGUAUAAGGCUGAGCUGCUUGGCCCCCACGUCCAUCCCAUUUGGUGUCAUUUCUGGUAGCUCUUAUCUGUUUGAAGACAACAUCACGUACUCCUGCAACCCAGGAUACUUUCUGCAAGGGGAGUCUGUGAGAACCUGUUUGUCUUCACUUGAGUGGAGUGGUCAGGAGCCAGCUUGUGUGAGGAUUUCCUGUGGUACCCCCUUUUCUCUAGAAAAUGGUCAAGUCCUCGGGAGUUCUUAUCUCUAUCUCGAUCAGGUGAAUUUGACCUGCAAUUUUGGCUACCGUCUUGUUGGUGUCAAUUCAAGCGUCUGUGACGCCAGUGGGCUGUGGUCAGGAGGACUAACUAUCUGUGAGCAGAUCUUGUGCUUGUCACCACCAGUAAUCAACCAAGGUAGAAUUGUGAGAGAUGUGAACAUGGGGAAGUAUGUAGUUCAGUCUCUUGUUGGUUAUGAGUGUGAUGUGGGCUACACUAUGAAUGGAACAGCUGAAAAGAUAUGCCAGGAGACCGGCAACUGGUCAGGCAAUCCUAUAAGCUGUCAUCCUGUAUCUUGUAGAUCCAUCACAAAUAUAGAUUAUGGAACUGUGUUAGGAAGUGCUUAUAUCUAUCUAUCAGUUCUGAAUUUUACAUGCAAUCAUGGAUUUGAACUUGUUGGUAGCUCUUCUCUACAAUGUGACCACACAGGGAGUUGGAGUGCUCAAAAACCAUAUUGUAAAGUAAUGUCAUGCCCCACCCUCACUGUAGUCAAUGGAUAUGCCAACAUCAACCCCGGUGAUGGCUCAGAUAUUGUCCCUGCUGAUCAAAGAAACUCUACAUACAUAUACAAAGAUGUGGCAACUUUCUUCUGUAAUGAAGGAUACGAAAUUGUGGGUGAGCUGACCUCUCAGUGCCAGGUUGAUAGUGCAUGGAGCAAUACCAAUACAACAUGCUUGGCAGUGCAGUGUCCAAAACCAGAAAUUCAGAAUGCUGUAGUGUCUAAUGCCUCCCUUACAUUCGGAAGUGUGGUCACCAUCACGUGUCAUUCAGGCUAUGAUCUUAUAGGAGAGUCCGAACUAACCUGUGGGGCGGAUAAAAACUGGAUAGAGUCUCUGCCUCAGUGUGUACUUCUGGCUUGCGGUUCACCUCCAAGUGUAGUCAACGCCAUCAUAGUUGGAGACAGCUUUAAGCAGGGAGAUGCAAUCUCCUACAAAUGCAGACCUGGAUAUGAAGCUGUGGGUAACACUGUCAUUGUCUGCGGCCUGGCUAAUCAGUGGUUGGGGACUCUUCCCACCUGCAUGGAGGUUGAUUGUGGCCCGCCGCCUGUAUUUCCUGCUUCCACUGUGACAGUUGCCACCACAACGUACAGAAGUUUUGCUGAAGUGCUCUGUAACUCAGGAUACGUUCUAAAUGGGAAUGGAACUCUUGUCUGCAGUGCUGAUCGAACCUGGAGGUACGACCCUAAUUUAAGAUGUGACCCUAGAGAUUGUGGCCAGCCCCCUGACAUCGACCACAGCAGUUUUGCUGUUGAUGACACUACCCUCGGGGGUGUGGCAGUCUACAUGUGUGCCACGGGUUAUUUGAUGAUGGGGGGCAGUUCUUUGUUCUGCGAUGAAGAUGGGGCCUGGAGGCAAGAGUAUCCGAAAUGUUCACCACUAGAUUGCUCAACGCCACCUGAUGUUCCCAAUGCUAACCUCUUGUCGGCAGGCACUCUGUAUCUAGACAAAGUUGAGUAUGCCUGCCAUACUGGAUACAAGCUGGCGACCAGUAACGCCACUGAGCUUGUCUGUGGCGAGAUGGCAUUGUGGGAAGGGGAGAUUCCUGUCUGUGAAGUGGUCAACUGUGGAUGGCCAUCACAAGUCCUAGAUUCUUACUACUUUCUAGACAACAACAGAACAGACUAUCUUUCCUUAGCCGUCUACCAUUGCAAUGCGGGCUACACCAGUCCUUUACCUGAUAACGUUUUAACCUGUAAUGCAUUUGGCGUUUGGGAAGGUGAGCUCAUUUCUUGUGCACCUGUCGAUUGUUCAGACUACCCGCAGCUUCUGAAAGGUCAGUACUCACCUGGUAAUGGUACCAAAUACCAAUCAGUUGUACGUUAUGAUUGUGUCAGUGGAUAUGUAAAAACUGGCCCCGAUGUCAUAAUAUGUUUGGAAACGGGUAAGUGGUCCAGCGAUGACCAUGCUUGUCUGCCAGUGGAUUGUCAAGACCCACCCAGUAUUGAGAAUGGAGAUAUAGAUUUCAACGAAACAACUUUUCAAUCAAGGGUGACCUACUCCUGCCUGCCCGGAUUUUACUUAGGUGGCAAAGACAACAUUGAGUGUUUGGAGUCUGGUCUUUGGUCCAGUUCAGUGCCAACGUGUGUUCCCGUUGACUGUAAGACCCCAUCGUCUAUUGAGCACGGCUGGGCCAACUACACCAGUUCCACAUUCCAAAACCUGGCCAUCUACUCUUGCCACCCAGGAUACACCUUAGGGCCUCACAGUACGCUCAUCUGUGGUGAGACUGGAGAAUGGCAGGGCAUUGAGCCUCACUGUGUCAUAGUGAACUGCACUGAACCUGUUCCAAAGCCCAACGGUAGUGUUGUGUACACGACCUUGACCUACCAAUCUGUGGCUCUCUUCACGUGUGACCCAGGAUUCAGACUUGAGGGGAGGACCACUCUCUCUUGUACAGAAACGGGUCAGUGGUCAGACGAGUCGCCCCCUUGCUCGCCCUUAGACUGCUCGAACCCCAUCAAAAUUAAUCACGGCGAUGUGGUUGUGUCCGGUACAACUUUUGGAGCAUCAGCAGCGUACAGCUGUCAUGUGGGAUACACCCUGGUAGGACAACAUCAAAUCUACUGCAAUGAGCAAGGUGCCUGGAACAGCUCCGCCCCUUCCUGUGAGGUUGUUGAUUGCAGGACACCAUCGGGCUUAGACAAUGGUGAGGUUAUUUUCAGUUCUACAACAUACUUAUCUCUGGCAACCUACAGCUGUUCCAAUGGUUUUAAGUUAAACGGGCAAAGCACCGUAGUUUGCAUGGAAAGUGGAAGCUGGUUUUCCUCAGAAGAAGCCAAAUGUGAGCCAGUCACCUGCCCAGAGCCCACUGUGAUAGCACAUGGUGAGGUUACGUAUACUGAACUUAAAGUAGGACUAACUGCAGUAUAUCAGUGCCUCGCUGGAUAUGUCAUGUUGGGCACGGGGGCACUGCUUUGUGGAGAAGAUGGCAGCUGGCAGGGAAAUGUUCCGACAUGUCAGCUUAUUGUGUGCCCAUCUCCUCCUGACAUCAUGAAUGGGUAUAUCCUCAGCAGCAGCAUGCGUGUUGGUGCAACAGUGGAGUACGUCUGCAGCACUGGGUUCAUUCAUGAUGGCGUAACGUCAAUAGAAUGUCUUGCCGAUGGAAUGUGGUCCUCAGAACUGCCUGUCUGCAAACGCAUCAAAUGUGCAGCACCGCCAGUUAUUGCUAACUCCAUCGUGACUGCAGACACAGGUCGGAGUGUGACAUCCAGAGUGACGUUCUCCUGCUUGAAGGGUUACCAAAUGAUCAACGAUAAAGACAUUGAAAUAACAAUCACCUGUGGUGAUGAUGGGGACUGGCACGGCAAGAUCCCGUCUUGUGAGAUCGUUGUGUGCUACGACCCACCGCCCACAAUUCCUUUCAGCACAUUUGUUACCACGGGUAACACUUACACCUCAGAGGCUAUUUACACAUGCAAUGUAGGCUACACAAUAGCAGGGAGCAAUAAGAUAAUGUGCAGUCAUGUUGGUCAGUGGUUGACCGAUGACCCACCACAGUGUGUACCAAUCUCUUGCAGUCAGCCGCGUGAGUUUCCUCUGUCAACAUUUGAAGGAACAGAGUUCACGUUUGGAAAGUCAGUUAACUACACAUGUAUUCCAGGCCACGAUCUGACAGGUUCAUCAACAAGCUACUGUAACUUUGAUGGGCAAUGGUCAACUGUUGUGUUUCAAUGUACAGGUGGGUACAGAUAUUUUGAAUUAUGUAUCUCAUAUUACCUUGAAUAUUUCUUUCUCAUCAGACACACACCUGUUUCCAUUGAGAAUCAUUGAUUUUUUUUAGAAGUAUGUUUUAAUAGGUUUUCUCUCACAAUACUACCUGAAGUGAAUGCUUAGAGAUAAAGAUUUUCUCUCACAAUACUACCUGAAGUGAAUGCUUAGAGAUAUAGAUUUUCUCUCACAAUACUACCUGAAGUGAAUGCUUAGAGAUAUAGAUUUUCUCUCACAAUAAUACCUGAAGUGAAUGCUUAGAGAUAUAGGUUUUCUCUCACAAUACUACCUGAAGUGAAAGGUUAGAGAUUUAGGUUUUCUUUCACAUUACUACUUGAAAUGAACAGUUAGAAACAUAUUUAUUCCGAAAUAAUUUGACAUAUCUUCCACACCCUUUCAACUAAUGCUUCAACAUAAAAUCAAACUAAAUUCAUAUUUAUCAAUUUAUUGCCAUUUUGUUGGCCUAAAUUCAUUUUCUAGCUGAAUUAAGGCAGGUUGUUCUUUGACUAUCACAGAUGUUUAUUAUUUUUUUGAAAUGCACUCUAUUAAAAAUACAAUAGGGAAAGCAACUAAUUUCCUAUGAAAGUUUUUAAACAUUCUUCAAGAAAAUAUUAGAAAACAAAUAUUUCUUGAUAACAUUCUUGUCCCCCAUUAUUAUCAGGGCACACUUUUAUGACAUAAUUUUUACCUCAUCCUCCCAGUCCGCCACUGCGGUAGCCUUGUGGCUGUCCCUGAGAAUGGAGAGAUCAUCAGUGGCCCUGAAAAUGGCCCUUACAUUGUAGGAUCUGUCAUCACAUUCAAGUGUCUUGGAGAGUACUCUUUGGUUGGCCCAGCCUCCAUGCGUUGUGCUGAGACUGGAGAAUGGGACGCCAGCCCACCGCAGUGUCAAAGCAUUAUUGGUAUUUGAAAGUGUACUCAGCUAAGCUUAAAUUUGUUUCAAACUUUGUUCCACAUUAUGUUAUUAAUUUUUUUUCUUUUAAGGCAUCUUCUACUCACUGAGGUCAGGUAUAAGCUUAAUCAUUAAUGUGUGAGUGUAUCAUAAGGAUUGUGUAGAAUUUGAUAAAUGCCUCCAAAUAUCACUGUCAGUUUCAUUUCUGAGUCCUAAUACCCAAAUCUAUAUUUUUUUUAAUUUAAAUUUUUUCCACUAAAUUUCAUUUUUUUUUUUAGCUAAGCAUAAUUAGAUUCAAUAAAUUUUCAUCCUGUCGAAUUAAAGAUAUAUAACUCAUAAUUUACUAUAAAAAAUGGUUCCUAAGUUAUAAAUGAGCAAUAUCGGCUUAGGUUUAUCAUUUCCUCUCAUUUGGCCAUAUAGAGAAUGAGAUAUACAGUAAAUUAUCAUUUGAGAUUUAGCUAGUAAACAUGCAAAAUGAUUGAAUUUACUUCCUUUGUUUCCGAACUUGUUUUUUUUUAAGUUACCCGUUUUUUUCCCUUUUAGAGCUUUGUUCUGAAACCCUGAUAAUGGACAAUAUUCACCCUCCACCACCUGGUAAGCUGACCGGCAACCACAUAAUCAUCCAGUGUCUACCUGGCUAUGUGGCUGUUGGUAACAUGACAUCAGUGUGUCAAAGAGAUGGGAACUGGACUUUGCCUCAAGGCCAAUGUCAGAGUAAGAAAACUGAUAGCCAAUUAAGCUCUAAUUAGAACUUUUCAUAUUCUUAAGAAAAUUUUGUAGCUGGUAAAUUAAUAAUUAAUUAUUUAAUCGUGACAAUUGAUUUUUUUUUAAAAAUUGUUUGCUUUUUAUUUUUUGUAGAAUACUCCUACAAAAAGCAAACAAUUUUUUUUUAUCAAAUCAAUACAUAAUUAAAUACGGGUAAUUAAUUUACCAUCUAGUUUUUUGGGGUUUUUUCUUGUUUUUUUUCAGAAAAAAAUAGUAGAUGGUAAAUUAAUUAUUUAAUUGUGACUAUUGAUUAAAAAAAAAAUUGUUUGCUUUUUGUAGGAGUAUUCUGUGAUAAACCAGUUGUGGCUGAUACACAGAAGGUGAUGUUGUUAGGCAGGAGCUACUUCUAUGGAGAUAAGGUUGUGUUCAUGUGUCGCCAUGGCUUUAACUCUGUACCAACUCCUCCCGUGCUCACGUGUUUGGAAACCGGCCGAUGGGAUGCAGAACCUUUGUGUAUCGGUAAUGCAUUUUCACCAACUUUUUAUUGACAUCAUAUAUAGUUAUUAUGUCCUGCUGGUUUAGAAAUUACAUUUAAAUGCAGAUAUCUUUGGAUGACAGAACACAAUGCUACAUAUGUAAAACACUAGACUUCAUUGUACAACAGAAUGCUAUAUAUAUCAAACACUAGACUUCAUUGAACAAUAGAAUGCUAUAUAUAUCAAACAAAAUGUUUCCUUUCACUGUGUUCCUGUUAAUUAUAUCCACAUAUUUCAACAGCUCAUUGCAAGCAAGAGUGUCUAAAUGGAGGACACUGCCUGGGAUUUAACCGCUGCAAGUGUAUGACAGGAUGGGGAGGAACUAGCUGCCAAAUUGGUUAGUUGUAGACACUCUGACCUCCUCACAACCUAGUUGUAGCAAAAUACACCUGGCUCAUGUUGUAUUAUCGUUGCAUUUUAUUGUUACAAUUACUUGCCUUUAUUAUCAAUACGUGGGACACCUGUGUUUCUUGUAUUCAGAAAUCAGAAGCCAUGUUGUUAGAAAAUUAGUUAUGCUUGUAACUAGUCAUUAAAAAUCUAGAUACAAAGCUGAGCAGAUGUGUUAGUUUUCCUUGUGUUAGAUAUAGUGGUACUAAAUAUAACAUUAAAAAAAGUGCUGAAAUAUCUUUAUAUACUCAUCAACAAUAGUUGAAAAUGAUUCUAUUUCCAGGUACCUUCAUUCUGUUUAAAAUAUCUUUAAAUUUAAAAUUGUGUACCUUAUAGUCUUUAUAUUUAAAAUAGGAUAUUUUUAAAAUGGUAUUUCUCUUCUUUAAACUAAGCACUUGUUGAAAUCAAGAUAAAAUGUUCCAAUGAAUAAUUGCACCGGUUUGAAGUUAUCUAUUCUCCUCUUACAGCCAAUUGUAUCUUGCCAUGUUUACACGGUGGUCAUUGUGUUGCACCAUACAAAUGCCGGUGCCCACUUGGUUAUGAGGGCACACGUUGCCAGAAAGGUAAAAAAAAAUGUUGACACAUUUGCAAAACAAGCAAGAAUAACUGCUAUUAAAUUUUAAAUAUUAUAAAAAAGAAAAUAAUUUGAUGACUGUCCUAGCAAUGUUUUUGUUUUUUUUGGUGAAAAUAAUGUAUUGCAAACAAAAAUUGCCUUCCUUGUAACUUGAAAUAUAAAAUGUCACAGUAUGCUCACUUGGUCUCUUCAAACCUUGUACACACACAUACUUCAAGCUCAUCAAAGCACCCCCUAGUUGGUCUCUACAGUCCUUGUACUCACACUUACAUCAAGCUCAUCAAAGCAUCCCCUAGUUGGACUUUAGAAUCCUUGUACACACACUUACAUCAAGCUCAUCAAAGCACCCCUUAGUUGGUCUCUUCAAUCCUUGUAUUCACACUUACAUCAAGCUUAUCAAAGCACCCCUUAGUUGGUCUCUACAAUUCUUGUACUCACACUUACAUCAAGCUCAUCAAAGCUCCCCCUAGUUGGUCUCUUCAAUCCUUGUACUCACGCUUAUAUCAAGCUCAUCAAACCUCCCCCCAGCCAAUCACUAGAUUUUUUGUGUUACCCAUUUGAACUUGUCCUUUGCUACCAAAACUGCUAGUGCUGUUCUGUACAAUUGCUCAACAGUUCAACUGCCACUAGUCAUCAAAAAUAAAUAUGAAUGAAGAAACCUGUAAUCAGUUGAUCCUAUCAAGGUGUUUCCUACUGAUUCCUGCACUUGACCUACUUUUUAGACACUAACUUUGUUUCAUUUGAAUAUUUUUAGACUUAGGGUGCAACCAUCUUAAUAAACGUUGUCUUUGUGAAUAUCUUGUGAAUAUCUUGAAUACAAUGCUUGAUAAAUGUGACAAUAAAACUCCUUUUCGUUUAACUAAUCUAAAAACAAUGCGGCAUUUUUUAAAAGAUGAAUCCCAAAAUUUAAUGGAACAUUCAUUUUGAUUUGAAAUCUUCCUUAUAAUCUAUUUGCAGCAAUAUGUUCCCAACCAUGCCAAAAUGGCGGCAGAUGCCUUAGGCCUAACAAGUGUCAAUGCCCGUCAGGUUUUGUGGGAGAUUUUUGUGAAUCGUGAGUGAUGUUUUUAGCCGUUAACACAACAUGAUAAUACACUUUGAAGCUUGGAUAAAUUGGGUAAGGGGUCGUUCAUUAAUUACUUCAACAAUUUGUAUGCAACUUUUGACCCCCUUUCCCCCUUUGUCAACAACCGUCAAACUUUCAGUGACCCCCCCCCCCCCCCCCUAUUUAAUUAUGUCAAAAUUUCAGUGACACCCCCCCUCACCUAGGAGCAUUGUGGGUGUAAACAAUAAUUGCCAUAAACUCUCUCUGUCUCCUGGCAGCUACUCGCAUUGGUCGAAUCCUUUGUUGUUGAGUAGCAAGGGUUAAUUUCUUAUGCUGAAGAUGGCAUUGUCAGUGCUGUUGAACAUGCUUUUUCAACAUGACUUGUGAUGCAAAAUAGAUGUUACAGGUUUUGCAUAUACGUUCGAGCAGCGAUGUUAUUAUUGAUACUUACUUUACUUUCCUCUAAUUCUCAAAAUAGCGUAUUCCUACUCUAAAAAUAUCAUUCAUCUUGAUUGCACAUGACACCUAAAAAUUAUGUGAAUAUUUACACUCAUUAAAUUUUUAAAAAUAAUGUAAUAAACUAAUAACCAUAAUUUUAAUUUAAUAGAGAAAACAUGAUUGUUGACGUCACUUAUCUAAACCCCCCUCCCUUGUCAAAAACUGUCAAACAUUUCCAAACCCAUUCCCCCCCUAUUUUGUUGACAUAAUUAAUGGACGGCCCCUAAUAAGAAGUUUCUGCUUAAAAAAUCAUUUUUUACUAGUUUAAAGAGUAAUGGAAAUUUCAACCUUUUAUUCCUUUACUUCAAAUGUUUUUUUGUUUUUUUUUUUUAGCAUUGCAUUGCAUCAGGUUUUUUGGUGUACAUUUUUUUUUCCAGAAUGACACUUGCUCGUAAACGACAGAUGAAUGUCAAAAUCAGUAUUUCUUCUUAAAAAAUCAUUUUUUACUAGUUUAAAGAGUAAUUGAAUUUUCAACCUUUUAUUCCUUUACUUCAAAUGUUUUUUUGUUUUUUUUUUUUAGCAUUGCAAUGCAUCAGGUUAUUUGGUGUACAUUUUUUUUUCCAGAAUGACACUUGCUCGUAAACGACAGCUGAAUGUCAACAUCAGUUAAGAUUCAUUUUUAAAAGGCUUAAGAAAUUAUAUCCAAACACGUCUCAAAUUGAGAUAAAUAAUUUGUAGUUAUCUGGAUAAUAAAUGCAGUUCAUGCCUUUUAUUUUCAUUAGUUCCUAACUAAGUUCAACACUGAGCAAAAUUAACUAAUUCUAGGAUGUACGUUAGUUUCUUUUCAGCAAAAUAUCUCUUAUCACUUGGUAUUAAAUUAAGAUUUAGGGACCAUUUAUGUAGAAGAAAUAUACAGCGACAAGCCUAAUUCUACUGAAUCUGUGUAAGAAAUAAUAUGGAUUAGUUUCCAUUUAUAAAGAUUAAAGUUUACCAAAAGCAAAAAUGAAAUUAUUUUGACAAGGGCUUUACAUGUCUGCUUCAUGUACAGUCAUUUUGCUCAAGAUGAAAAUAUUGGUACAUUAUUUUCUCUAAUUUUUAUGAUUUUUUUUUUUUUUUGCAUUGCAUAGGUUACUAUUUUCUAUUCCAAAGAAAGAUUUAUUAUAGACUGUCUAAAAGAAAUAUCUUGUUUUACUAGAAAGUCAUUUGAAAAAUAUUAUAUAGUUUGAUGUAGUCAGUCAAUUAAUUUUUGGACAUAAUGAAAAAUGUUUAGCUUAAUAAUUUAUUCAAUCUUUGCUUGUUUGGAUCAGUUUACUUUUUAAACAAAAUUUUUUUUUUUUUUAAAAUUCAACAUUAUCUGAAAUGUAAUUUUAACUUGUAUAUAUGACAGAGUAUUUUAUUACAGUACAUAAAUAGAAAAAAAAGAUUACUUUAAAAAUGCAAAUUUUUAAAAUAUUUUUAAAAUGCAAUAUUUUCAAUAUCUUGAAGUUUUAUUACUAAAAUCCUUAAUUUGUUCUCAUUGUAUUUUCCUCAUCUAUUAGUUAACUGUUCAACUUACAACUCAGCAUUUAUAUUAUUAAAUAAAUGUGUAUGGAGAAAACAUUUUUUAAAGGAGUCUUAUUUACUUUGUCACUGCCUCAUUCAAUAUAGGCAACAAUAUGGUGCCACAGAAUGAAGUCUGCCAAAAUCAACACAAGGAUUAAUUUAUUCUAUUUAUAGAGUUCAAUUUUUGUGUUCCUCUGUAAUAAAAUACAAUUUAUAAUAUAUUUUUGUAUAGUACUUUCUUUGUUGUUAUUCAUAUCAUGUAACGAAAUAGUUUUAUAUUGAACAUUUUUUCAUUAA